UGGAGAUGCUGUUGGCCCGUGGUGGCGCUCGGCCCCCAGUGCUCCGCACCGAGGGCGUUCAGGCAUCGUGAAUGCUGAGGACAGAAGAGUUUGAUGACACAGCACUGAAGUUUUCUGUUUGGAGUCUACGUUAUGAACCCUUUGUGGAGUAUGUCUGCAGGCUCUGUGCGCAAACGAGCUGAAGGUGAAGAGAAGACAUUAGCAGGGGAUGUGAAAACCAGUCCUCCACGAAGUGCACCCAAAAAACAGCUACCUUCUAUUCCCAAAAAUGCUCUCCCCAUAUCGAAGCCUACAUCUCCUGCCCCAGCAGCGCAGUCAACAAAUGGCACCCAUGCCUCUUACGGACCCUUCUACCUGGAAUAUUCGCUUCUUGCAGAAUUUACGUUGGUAGUGAAGCAGAAGCUGCCAGGAGUCUACGUACAGCCAUCUUAUCGCUCUGCAUUAGUAUGGUUUGGAGUAAUAUUUAUACGGCACGGGCUCUAUCAGGACGGCGUAUUCAAGUUUACCGUGUAUAUUCCUGAUAACUAUCCAGAUGGCGACUGUCCACGCUUGCUGUUUGAUAUUCCCGUCUUUCACCCACUAGUUGAUCCCACCUCCGGUGAGCUGGAUGUGAAAAGAGCAUUCGCAAAGUGGAGGCGGAACCAUAAUCAUAUAUGGCAGGUGUUAAUGUAUGCAAGGAGAGUCUUCUACAAGAUCGACACGACGAGCCCCCUAAACCCAGAGGCCGCAGUGCUGUAUGAGAAAGACAUUCAGCUUUUUAAAAGUAAAGUGGUCGACAGUGUUAAAGUAUGUACUGCUCGUCUGUUUGACCAGCCGAAGAUAGAAGACCCCUAUGCCAUUAGCUUUUCUCCAUGGAACCCUUCUGUACAUGAUGAGGCCAGAGAAAAGAUGCUGACUCAGAAAAAGCAGCCUGACGAACAGCACAAUAAAAGUGUUCAUGUUGCUGGCCUGUCACGGGUAAAGCCUGGCUCAGUACAGCCUUUCAGUAAAGAAGAGAAAACAGUAGCAACCUAAGAAAUGGUGGAUCUGGUGCACCAUGCACUUUCCUGCUGGACUCUGGCCUAGUUAAAGCUGACUAAUGGCAAAGGACUGCCUGAAGAGUAGACCGCGUGAACCGUGACUGGCUAUCAGUGUUGUGUAUGCAUAGGUUCUAACAGCAGGUUAUGGAGACCUCUCAUUAAGUAAAGCGUUACUUCUGUCGGAAGUGUCAGGGUGGAUCUAGUUCAGUACUCCAAAUUGUUGGGGACCUUGAGGCUUAUUUUUCUGGAUAUGUUAGAGGUAAGUUGUGUUUACUUAAACUAACAGAACAGAGAGAAAUGAGUACUGUGUAAUAGUUUGGAGUUGGUAGUUUCAGCUGUACAUAAAUGUUAGGCCAUGAAGAAGGGUGUAGAGAACAGACUCCAGAGUGUAGCACUUUCAAGUAGAAGACUGGCUUCCCGGCUUCAGCCUGCUGACUUGCUGUAAACAUCUAUCUCAGAAGCAUUAGGAAAGUAGGCAGAACCAGGAUGCUUGUUCAUAGGUUUUUUUUUUUUUUUUUAAAGGCAAAUUACUGUAUUUUUAUGGCAGGAAGAAGAAAAAAGUGUUCAAACGGUUUCUGAUGAAGUUAGGUAUUUAAAUGG